AUGAGACUCUCCCUUUCCAUUUGCACCUCAGUGCUUUUGGCGCUUGCUUUCUCCGAUACUGCCAAUGCUAAGGUCCACUCGGUCCAAUUGAAGAAGAACCCAAUUGCUGAUACCUUCAAAGAUAUUACCUUUACCGAGUAUGUCAACUCUUUGAAGAACAAGUACAUCAAAACUUUCCAGGAGCACUUAGAUGCUGAAAAGAGGAGAGCUAACAACGUUGUUGGUUCUCUUUCUGGUGACAUUCAGACACCUUUUGUUCCUUUCGCCGAGAAGAGCAACGAGGUUCAAAUUGAGGCUAGUCAUGACACUCCAUUGACAAACUACAUGAAUGCUCAGUAUUUUACUGAAAUUGAAUUGGGUACUCCAGCACAGAUUUUCAAAGUGAUCUUGGAUACCGGUUCGUCCAAUUUGUGGGUUCCAAGCAACGAUUGCUCCUCGCUUGCUUGUUAUUUGCACACCAAAUAUGAUCAUGAGCAGUCUACCUCUUACGAGAAAAAUGGAACCGAUUUCUCUAUUCAGUAUGGCUCUGGCUCCAUGAAGGGUUACAUCUCCCAGGAUACACUUAAAUUGGGAGAUCUAGUCAUUCCUAAUCAAGACUUUGCUGAGGCCACUGAAGAGCCAGGCUUGGCCUUUGCAUUUGGUAAGUUUGAUGGUAUCCUUGGGUUGGGUUACGAUACGAUUGCUGUCAACCACAUUGUUCCACCUAUCUAUAAUGCUAUUGACAAAGACCUAUUAGACGAGCCUCAAUUCUCCUUCUAUUUGGGUGACAGCUCGAAAUCAGAGGAUGGCGGUAUUUGCACUUUUGGUGGUAUUGACAAGUCCAAGUUCACUGGUAAAAUAACUUGGCUUCCAGUCAGAAGAAAGGCAUACUGGGAAGUUAAGUUCAAUGGUAUCGGCUUGGGUGACGAAUAUGCUCCAUUGGAAAAGCACGGUGCAGCCAUCGAUACUGGUACAUCCUUGAUUGUUCUACCAUCUCAAUUAGCCGAGGUUUUGAACUCUGAGAUUGGUGCUGAGAAAUCUUGGUCCGGACAAUACACUGUUGAUUGUGCCAAGAGAGAUUCUUUACCAGAUUUGACUCUCAACUUUGACGGUUACAACUUUACUCUUUCUCCUUACGAGUAUACCUUGGAAGUGUCUGGAAGCUGCAUGUCUGCCUUCACUGGUAUGGAUAUGCCUGAACCAAUUGGUCCUUUGGCUAUCAUUGGUGAUGCUUUCUUGAGAAAAUACUACUCAGUGUAUGACCUUGCUAAGGAUGCCGUUGGAUUGGCUGAAGCCGUCUAA